AGACAGAGUGAUCAUUGAAAUAUCUGAUUUAUAUUUAAGUUUCCGAAGCACAACUGAAAACUAGAGAAUAGAGUUAAAAAACGAGGUAAUGUUUACGACCAUGCUUGAAAAUCUGUCUGAGUGAGGAAAGUGUAUGAGCGGAUGCGAAAAGAGAGCAUUGUUACGUCACUUUUUGAAUCUUGCUGAUUGGCCAAUGUCACGAAGUAAACAAGUCGCUAGAAAUAUUUCAAUCCUCGCGGAAAGCGAAAAAAGUUGUCAUCGUACAGCGCCAGUCAGCCGGAACGAGGUAACUAUGGUUUCUGUCGUGCUCUUGUUCUGCGUGGGAAUUAAUUUCGAUUAUGUCGUUCCUGUACCGGUUUCCCUAUCCGAACACCAGCUUUGUUUACCAGACUGUAUGGGCUUGCUUAGACUACCUUAGAUAUGAAACGAGGAGUGCCGGCUUCAUUGGAGGUUGACAAAGAAACCUUUGAAAAAGUACAAACCACAAGUAUACAGAAAGCUAUUAAUCAGCAUGAAGUACCAGCAAAAGAAAAGCAUGUUCGAAAUGCAAUAUUGGGGACUUAUCAAGAGAAGGGUGCGUACACUUUUUGGCAUGUUGUACGUCGAUUACAGCUUUCCACUCAUGUGAUAACUUGCUGGAAGUUUUGUCAUGUGUUACAUAGAAUGCUAAGGGAUGGACAUGAGAGCACGCUUUCCUGUUCAGUCAAGUACAAACAGCAAGUCAAAGACCUUGGGAAAAUUUGGUCUCAUGCUGGCCAAGCAUAUGGUACAAUAAUUUCAAAAUACUCCAAAUGUUUGGUACAAAGAAUGGAAUUCCAAGUCAAGUAUUCAGAGUUUCCCGGGAAUUUUUCUAUUUCAGAUGAUACGCUAGAAAAAAUAGGUAACAAUGAUAUGAAUACAUCUUUGGAAUUAUGUGUAGACAUUCUUGACUGCUUGGAUUCACAAAUGGAUCUACAAGAAGCAAUAUUUCGCACGCUUGAUUUCUCAAAAGCAAUAUCAAUGACUGCUGCAGGCCAGUGCAGACUUGCAGCUUGUAUUCCUAUAAUUUUGGAUUCUAGUCAGAUGUAUGACUAUUCAGUGAAACUUCUGUUGAAACUUCAUGCAUGUCUGCCGCCAGAUACACUUAUAGGGCAUCGCGAUCGUUUACGUAUCUUUAUGAAAAGUUGAAAAAAUUUUAUUAUCAAUGCAGCAAUAUGCUAUAUUUCAAAAAGCUCAUUCAAAUUCCAAUUAUACCAGAAUCUCCACCCAAUUUUUAGUUAAAUCUUGAACGCAGUCAUCAGUUAGGCAUGCGAUGAUGUGAUGGGGUCAGAGGAAUUUUUUUCUCAAUUUGUGAAACUGUUUUUGCAAUUCAACUUUUAGCAUCAAAAGAAGGAUUUUUCUAUUUCUGUAUCUCCAUUCCCUGUAAAAAUAUUUCAAUGUUAUUUCGCUGUUUGUUUGUUUCGCUAUUUGUACUGUUAGUUUCGCUAUUUGUACUAAGUAGACCAAUAGUACUCACCUGUCAUACUGAGUGUUCAGAGAGUGAUUUUGUUUCAAAAACAUUUUAUGAAA